GUACAGUCUUUGCUUUAACCCGUUCCAAUUCUGUCCGCCGUCGCUCUAUUAAAUAAUAACAAAAAUAACAACAACAACAACAAAUAAACAAAAUAAUAUCACAAACGAGUAUUCGCAUCUUCAACAAAAAAAAUCGAAAAAAAUAGAAAAUAAACGCAAAAUAACAAAAACAACAAACAGAGUUAGAAAACGCGAUAUUUUCAAAUAUCCCAACAGCAACAGCCGUGGCGAAAACUAUCAACAAGCGCUAAAGAGCAGCACACGCAACAGGAGCGGUUUGUGGAGUGGAGUGGCAACAGCAACAGCAACAGUGUGUAUCUCCGAGUGUGUUAUCAACAACAUUACCGCCUUCGUCGCCUUUCGUCGCCAACACUCCGUACCGACGUCGCAGUCGCCGUUGAAGUCAGCGCCAAAGUCGAAGUCACAGUCAAGCGUCAGCAGUCGAACGUCAAAAUAUACGACGAUAGUAGCAGCAGCAGCACCACCACCACCACCACCACCAAAAGGGCAGCGGAGUAGGCAGAAGACGUACGACUCUGCACACAACGCACACAAAAUUUCAAUAUCGAAAUCAAAGUUGCGUUCAAAUCGAACACGGCCGCAAUAGUAGCAACACCGUAGCAUCGUAACACGCGGACGCUCUCGACACACGACACUCGAGUCAUAGCAAACCUUUUUACCACACUUAUUACCACUUUGCUAGUUACUAGUUACCAGUGCAAUUUCGACAACGUCAACGUUAGCAACCAACAGCAAGUUGCAAAUAAAAUCAAUUGGUUUUCGCGUGCAACGUGUUGUUUUUGUGAAAAAUUUGUUUUCCGGAAAAAAUCGAAAUCUCGAAAAUCACAAAAAAUCAUAAAAUCAUAAACAGCUUUAAAGCGUUCUUUAGCUGUACUCAAGCAUUUAUUGAUAACUACGCGUUAAUUAAACGCACGCUGUGUCUACUCAAUCAUAUUGAAGAAGCUAUUCAAGCAUAUUGAAAGCUGUUCAAUCACAUUAAGAACUGUUCAAUCACAUUUAGAACUGUUCAAGUAUAUUAAAAAAACUAUUAAAUCAUUCAAAAAAGCUAUUCAAUCAUAUUGAAAAGUAUUCAAUCAUUAAAAAACUACUCAAUCAUAUUAAAAAACUAUUCAAUCAUUUAACAAAAACUAUUCAAUCAUAUUAAAAAGCUAUUUAAUCUUAUUAAAAACUGUGCAAUCAGAUUGAAAUCUAUUCAAUCACUUAUACAUACAUACUUGUGACAAUCUACAUUUUCUUGAAGAAAACUUUGAAGAAGUCUAUAUUUACUCUCAAGCGUUUCAAACUUUACCUACAAAGUAUAACUCUUACACGAUUUUAGCAAUCAAUCAAAUACACUUAUACAUAUAUAUAAGAGAGUAUAAACAUUUAUUGUAAUUAUAAAGGCAGAGUUAUUACUUAGCCAAAUUACAGUUAAAAGUAAGAAAAACAUAAAAUUUUAACUCAAAUAAAAUUUUUUUGCUAAUUUCAAGUAAAAAAACCCAAAUUUUUAGCACAAACCUUGUCGAACAAAUUAAGUUUGAGACAAAAACAAAAAUACGAGAUUUACAAGCAAAUGUGUAGUAUUUUAUUGAGAUUGAAACAAAAGUGAAAUUACUUUAAGUAACGGCAUAUCAAUUACAACACAAAAAGCAAAACACAUUGUUAUUGUAAAGCAACAAUUUGCUUGCCAAAAACAGAAAAAAAUUAUAAACCACACAAUCAUCACUACGUUUUCAUACACAUUGAGAGAAUUAGAAACCUUGUGUCUCCUUGCCAACCGUUCCCCACAAAGAAUCCCUUGCAUAUACCACGCAACGCGACGAUUUGCGCAAGCAAUUUGAAACGAAAGUGCAACAAAAUCAAAAGUAAAACGACAAGCAGUCUACAAAGACAACAGCUUAUUCGACAAAAAACAACAAAAACAAACAAAUCAAAUUAAAGAAAACUAAAAGUGCUAACAAGAAGUUGAAGCUAUCAAAUCAAACUAGUGAAUAUAAGCUAAAGAAAUAAACAAAAAAAAAUCAGAAACAAAUUUAAAAAAAUAUUCAAAAAUAUUUGAAACUAAAAAAGAGUUCCUUCAAAAACAAUACAAAACAACCACAGUGUACAAGUGUACAAGUGAAAACUAGAAGCCAACAAAGCGCUAAAGCAACAAUUUCCCAAAAAAAAACACCGAAUUCAACAAUUACAACAACUGUCUUAAAAAAGCAUUCACCAUUGACGCGUUAAAAGAAACGGUUGCAACAACAGCUUCAGUAACAGCGGCUUUGGCAACAGCAACAAUCAAAGAAGAACCGGUUAAGAAAGAUAUAAUAAUGCGUGGAAGCGACGAACUUUUAAGUCAAGCAGCAGUUAUGGCGCCCGCUUCUGACAAUAAUAAUCAGGAUUUAGCCACAAAGAAAGCCAAAUUGGAGCCAAGCACCGUACUUGGUGGAGUUGGCAAACCCUCCAAAGUCAUCCACUUGCGCAACAUUCCAAUCGAGUCCAGCGAAGCCGAUGUCAUCUCAUUAGGUGUACCAUUUGGCCGUGUCACAAAUGUGCUCGUCUUGAAGGGUAAAAAUCAAGCUUUCCUCGAAAUGGCCGAUGAAGUCUCAGCGACAUCUAUGGUCUCAUGCUAUACCGUUACACCGCCACAUAUGCACGGACGCAUGGUUUAUGUACAGUUCUCCAAUCAUCGUGAGCUAAAAACGGAUCAGAGUCACAAUAAUACCGGUGUCGUGUCCAGCGAUUAUCGCAUUCAAUCGCCAGCAUCUGGCUCACCGCUACCGCUGUGCAACACCGCCGCCGCCACCAAUGCCGAUGGCACAAUUGCUGUACUACAGAACAACUCGAAUGCAGUCAACACCGCCAACAACACAGCCGGUGGACCGAAUACGGUGCUGCGCGUCAUUGUCGAGUCGCUGUUGUAUCCGGUGUCAUUGGAUAUUUUACAUCAGAUUUUCCAACGUUUCGGCAAAGUGUUGAAAAUCGUUACAUUUACAAAGAAUAAUUCAUUCCAGGCACUGAUCCAAUAUCCGGACGCCCAUUCGGCUCAACAUGCCAAGAACAUUUUGGACGGCCAGAAUAUCUAUAACGGUUGCUGCACUCUGCGCAUCGACAACAGCAAAUUGACUGCUUUGAAUGUCAAAUACAACAAUGACAAAUCGCGCGAUUUCACAAAUCCAUCAUUGCCACCGGGUGAGCCCGGCGCCGACAUAAUGCCCACCGCUGGCGGUUUGGUAAAUGCAAAUGAUUUGCUCCUGAUCGCGGCCCGACAGCGGCCAUCCCUAACAGUUAAAAAUCAAAAUUACUACUUUGCAGUGAACGGACUCGGUGCACCCGGUGUAUUGCCGCCAUUCGCACUCGGCAUUGGCACACCGCUCGCCGGCGGCUAUAAUAGCGGUAUACCGAAUUUGAGCGCCUUUGCGCUGGCCAACAGUGGUGCUCUACAGACAGCAACGCCCGCUUUGCGCGGCUUCUCCAACGUGCUGCUGGUGUCGAAUUUAAAUGAAGAGAUGGUCACGCCUGAUGCUCUAUUUACCCUCUUUGGUGUUUAUGGAGAUGUGCAACGUGUGAAAAUCUUAUACAACAAAAAAGACUCAGCUCUCAUACAAAUGGCCGAACCACAACAAGCCUAUUUGGCUAUGAAUCACCUUGACAAAUUGCGCUUGUGGGGUAAGGCGAUACGUGUUAUGGCUAGUAAACAUCAGGCUGUGCAGCUGCCGAAGGAGGGACAACCGGAUGCCGGUCUCACACGCGACUACUCACAAAAUCCAUUGCAUCGAUUCAAGAAACCGGGCAGCAAAAAUUAUCAAAACAUUUAUCCACCAUCGGCCACAUUGCAUUUAAGUAACAUUCCAUCAUCGUGCACUGAGGAAGAUAUCAAGGAAGCAUUCACCUCCAACAAUUUCGAAGUUAAAGCAUUCAAAUUUUUCCCUAAGGACCGCAAAAUGGCGCUUCUGCAACUGUCAUCGGUGGAAGAAGCCGUCUUGGCGCUCAUCAAAAUGCACAAUCACCAGCUCUCCGAAUCGAAUCACUUGCGCGUCAGUUUCUCCAAGUCAAAUAUCUAAGCCACAACAACAAAAACAACAAUACAAAAACUACUUUAUAAACAUAAAUACAUAUAGAAAUGCAUAUAUGCAAAAUGUAAGCAGCUGCAGUACGUAUAAGUAAAGGCAUAAGAGUGAAAGAACAACAACAGCAACAACUAAACAACAAUAGAAGUAGCAGUAAAUAUGUGCAGAAGCGUGAAAUAUUCGAACUACAAACUACAAUAGGCGUGACCGACCAGCAGUAAAAACGACCAUAGAAAAAAUCGCAAACAAAAAAUCAGCAAACAAUAGCAACAGCAACAACAACAACAAACAAAUAAUAAGCAACAACAAAAUCAGCAAACCAACAAGGAUCACUACAUAUCUACAACAACAAUACUACAAUUCUAAAUAAGCAGUAGCCAACAGCAACAACAACAAAAUUUGUAGUGUACUCAACAUUUAAUUGAAAAACUCUAUACAACAACAACAAAGCACUAUCUCUAAACAGCUGACGAACUGGCGCUUAAAUCUAUAUUUCAUAUAAAUAUGUAUAUAUGCUUAUAUAUGUACGUCACUCGUAACUCCUUAUUUUUUAUAUAAAUAUAUACAUACAUUACGUACGUAGUUUUAUUCAGCAACAACAAAAAAUUAUUGCUACACUAUUUUUUUUUUUAUUAAUUAUAUUACUUUUUAUUAUUAAUGAUACAUCUUGAACCACAUAACACAUACAUACAUACAUAUACAAGUAUACUACAUAUACUAUAUAGAUUAGAUAUACUCUUUUCGAGCAAAUUUUAUGCGUUAGAGAGACAACCAUAGUAACAGAAACAGAACAGAAACAGAACAGAAAAUAUUUGGAAAACACACCCUCCCUCCGUCUAUACACAUCAACCACCCACCAACAAUAUUUUGCAACUGCUCACAUAUAAAUACAUAUAUAUACAUGACAACAACUAUAAAAACUAAAAUCAACAACAACAAUAGCAGCAACUAACCGAAAUUUUUGGUGUUAAAUAUAAUACAAAUAUUUGAAACAAAAAACCCAACAACAACAAAUCAUACUAAAACUAGUUGUACUGUAAUAUUUUAUGUAAGCACAAGUAAGAGCAAGCAAAAACAAAAAAAAAACAAAAAUUUCAAAAUUUAUAAUAUAAUAAUAUUAAUUAAUUAUAUUGUAAUAUGUAUUACUUACAUGUAUGCGCUGAAUUGAGAGAGUAUUCACGAUGGUAUUGUUAAAAGAGCAGAUGUUAAAGAAGCAAAAACGCUGUUGAAACAGCAAUUGCAAAACAAAAACAAAAAAAUAAAAUAUAAUAAUAAAUUUAAAAAAUUACAUAAAACAAAAAUUUAUGAUUUUUUUACUAGGCAUAGCAGAUGUUAUACAUACAUAACAUAACAUAACCUAAAAAUAAGUGAAAGUAAAACUUAAAACAGAGAUGAGGAGAGAAGAGAGAAGAGCAGAGUAUAUGUGUUAAAUGCGAUAAAUAAAUAAAUAAAUUUUAGAAAGCUGUGUUUCGUUUUAAAAAACAUGCAAGCACAAAAACAAAAACAAAAUAUUAAAUAUAAAUAAAUAAAUAACUAAAAAUCAGCAGCAACAAGUGUAUGACAAUUGAGAAAUAUAAAAACAAAAACAACUUGCAUUCUGACAGAUUUAUGUCCUUUGCUGAUCAAUGUUAUUAUUAAAAGUUUAAUUAAACAUAUAAAUUAUUAAUGCUAAAUAUUUAAUUAUAGACAAAAUGGAAUUUUAUUUUUUAAAUUAAUUAAAUUAGUUUUAAGCAAAAAAAAAAAC